AGCCCCGCUACUUUCAGACGCCGUUGCCUUUAGUGCAUAUGGUGCCUCGACUAGGGUACGAUCACUCGUGUAUUUUCACUUGAUGACUGUUGUUCAUACAACUACAAGAGCAGCUUCUACAUCUACGACUAUCUGGCGCGGCCCAGUGUAACGUCAUUAAAAGGAAGUCACCAGGCAGCAGCACAAGAUGCCGCUCACCCGCCAGGGCACGGCCGCGGCCCUGCAGGCAGGGCCUUCGAGUCCUUCGUUGGCGAAAAAGUCGCCACUGUCAAAGAUGAACAGUUUGAAAAAGUUGGCCUCCUCUACGAAACUCCCGUCAGUGCUGCUAAAAACCCUGGACCCCCGAGCCUGGAUUGCAGAGGAGAACAAUUAUACCACGACUACACCCUCGCGCCCGGGUAUGGAAGUGUCAGAAUCGAAAUUGACAAAAUCGAAAAACUUGUGAUGCAGAAAAUCGAUGCCAGUUAGACCCACAGUUUGUAGUCGGCGCAUGGCAAAUUCGCUCCAUCCUGGAGGCAAAUCUGUCAUGCGGUUUAGGGCAAAAGAGCUGCCUUCUGUCAUGCUAGUCAGCAGCCCAACGCUUAACCCUUACCAGGACUACAAUCCGCCUUCCUUGCAUCCUCUGCAAAAGAGUCGCUUUCUGCGUAGCAUUUUAUGCAUUACAGAUCAUUUCGAUUUUGUCGAUUUCGAUCCUGACACUCCCAUACCGGGGCCGGCGGGUGGUGGUGGGAUGAAUCAUGCCAGCAGCCCAACCGAAACGAGCCAGUAUCAAAUGCAAAAAUGUCUGGGUCUGGAAGGAUGCAACUUGUGAUGCUGCAUUUGGAUUCCAAAGAAAUCUGUAUUGCAUAUAGCAGCAAAGGGAGUGUCUUUUUGCUACGGGAAGAGGGCAUUUGUCAUGCGGAAUAGGCAUCCAGAAGCCCUCAAAAAAUCUCUGAUGCUAGGGCAUGCAUCACAGACAUCAUGGCUCACGCAAAACUUGCAUGAAAAGUCUCAGAAUCUUCCAGACCCAGACAUUUUUACAUUUGAUAGCCAGAAGCAGAAAGCAAAAAAGAGAGAACAUAACAACUCUUCCGCGCCGCGGCCAAAUAGGAAUAGCAAUAGCCACAACUACAAUAAUCCGGGAUCCUUUCCUCCAACAGGUGCACCAAGAGCUUCGUUGCGAAAAUCUUGUCGCGGGUAUGAGAUUGCACAGCUCACGAUUCUCCCUCUCAUUUGUACUAUGGCAGGAGCUGCAGCAAUACAAAUACCAGCACGCGCGGAGCAUGUGCACGACAAGUUCAUCAUGCACCGACUCGAGUACUGCUUGAGAAGAUUUUAGUGGCAUUUGUCAUGCAAACAGGGCAAGAAGGCAGCAACCUGAUUUGGGAUUUUGCAUCACAAAUCAGGGGAAAAAUACGGUGAGUUGUGCAGUGCCAUAGCGGGAAGGGUGUGCACAUUCGUGACAGCCUGGUCGUUGGAGGCGAAAAAGAGCAGCACAACAACGGCGAAAAUAAGAGACUGUCCACGAGACGCGUGCAGAGCUUACGCAAGGCGCCCUUCGUCGUAACAGCCUCCAAUACGAAAGCGGCCAACAACAACAACGGGCGCGGGUCUCUGGUCAAUUUCCGCCCAGGCUCAGUUCGGCUCGACGGUCUCGACCUUCUUGACGGCAGUCUAUGCAAUGUGCAAAAGUAUCCUGCUAGUGUGUAAUGAAUAGCAUCACAAAGCUUGUGAAGCUCAAGAAUGGAAUUUGUAAUUCCGCCGCAGGUUUGGAAAAAUAUUUGUCGUGUUCAUGUCUGAAAUGGUUUACGAGUACGAUACUUUUGCAAUGCAUAUGUUCCCUUCGACGACGAUCCAAUUGAGGGCGAGGUGGUGCAGAGAAGUGUCUGGGAGCAGAAGGUGUUAGCCAUUGUGGAGCUGCCAACGUACAUUCAUAGAGCUGUUUACUUUUUGUCAUGCGUAGCCGACUUUUUUGGCACUGAGCACAGGCGGAGGCGAACUUAGGAUUGUGCGGUGCAUUUUCUGUGAAGAAGAUUAUUUUUAAUCUGUGAAUAUUAUAAAAGACCACGGAGUCGUGGGUUCAUCAAAUCAAUGGGAUGAAAAUCAAAAUUUUCAUAUAAGGUUCGACAUGCUGAUCGGAUUGUUGCUUUUGGUGAACGGGUUUCUGCUCGGUUUGGAGUACGAACUGGAAAUCGAGGAUCGAGACACUUUCUGGUUUCAGUUUGCCAACGUGUUUCUGGUCAUCCUCUUCACCCUCGAAUUUCUCAUGCGGUUCGUCGAAUAUGCGUUGCAAAUAUGUCUGGGUCUGGAAGAAUGCAACUUGUCAUGCUAAUUCUGAAUAGUGCAAAAAUAUGUGUUGCAUGAUUGCCAAAAGCUGCUCACUUUUGACCACAGCUGUUGAUAGGGAGUUUCUCAUGCAGACGAGGCAUGAUAGGGGUCGGACAAAAUCUGUCAUGCUGGGUCAUGUAAAACAGACUUCACGCGUCAUGGAAAGCCUGCAUGAAGACAAAACUUCCAACCUUCCAGACCCAGACAUAUUUGCAUUUGAUAUCGAAGCGAAUUACACCACGAGAAAUUUUACCAAGUGGCUCUGGUUCGAUCUGUUCGUCUUGGUGCUGGCUUGGGUCACCGACGUCAUCCUUCCGUACGUGAUUUUCGCCGCCUUGCGGGAUCCGGACGGGUCGGACGGAGGUGCCGACAACACCAGCAGCGAGAAGAGUAACUCGAACAUCGUAUCCUGUGUAAAAAUUUUCCCACCCCAUAGUUAAGUUGGGAUCUCCGCAACACAGAUCCAGGCGUUUUGGACGCCACGCAUGACAAGUUGCAGCCCGUAGUGUAGUGCAGGUUAGCAAGGGCAGCCGCAUUACAAAUCGAGAUACGUAUCCUGUUGACAGCAUUACAAAUUCCAAAACACGACUGGAAAUGCCCAUCAUCGGGAUGCGCAUCACAAAUGUUCUUGUCAUUGCAAAUCUGCAUGACAACUCUUUAUCGUGGCCGGGAGAUGAUGGUGAUGGCACUUUGGUGUCCGCCUGACCCACCCGCCCUGCGUCUCAAGCCAUCUGCGGCCAUGGCACAAUGGGGGGGCAAAGUGUGUCGCAUUUUGUUUAGCAUGACAACUCUGGGGUGGGGAUGUUUUUACAGAGGAUACAUCGCGGAGAUUCUCUCGAUGACCAAAGCUUUAAAUUGCGUCCGCGUGGUGCGCAUGUUUAGCAUGAUAGAGCACUUGUGGACGGUCACCCUGACCUUUCUCUUUGCCGUGUAUCCUGAGUAAAAACGUACCCACACCAUAGUCAAGAUGGGGAAUCGGCUAGACAAAUCCACAAGUUUUGGCUGUUUUGCAUGACAAAUUUGGAUUCGUAGUGUAGUGCUGUUUGAGCUAGCUCAGCAGCAUCACAGAUCUAGCAUACCAUGCUGAUUGGAGCAUGACAAAUUGCAAAACACGACUAGAAAAUGCUUCUCAUGGGGCUCCGCAUGAGAAACAUUUUCAGCAUGCAGAUUUGCAUUACAACUCUGGCGUGGGUACGUUUUUACUCAGGAUACCGUGCAGCCGUUGCUUUGGACCGUGAUCUUCACACUGACGGUGUAUCAUUGUGAAAAAAGCCCCCUCCCCAUACUAAAACGGAGAUUUGUGUAGCAUGAUUUGCUACCACAAAUCACGUUGUCAUGCUAGAAGGCAAAGGAUCAAGAUGUAGACACUGUAGUGCUGGCUGGCAUGGGAAAGCCUUGCAUCUUCAGCAUGACAGGAGGCAACUGGAAGUGGAAAUCAGCAUGACAGCUGCCUGCAAUUCACGCCAGAACUGCGUCGCUUGGCCUGCAGGCAAUACAAGUCGAGUCGUGUACCCAAAUCCAGCAUCACAAGUGUCCUUUUCAAUAUGGGGAGGGGGGAUUUUUCCUCGCAAUAUGGUGUGCUUCAUCUUCUCCAUGGUGGUGGUCGCUUUGUGCACAUUAGGCAUUGCAAAAGUAUCGUACUCGCAUUGCAAUCAUGCAUGAUUGCAAUCGCAUUGCAAUCAUGCUUUUUGUUAAGGUAAAUCCGCAUUACAGAUUUUACUUCUCAUGCUGAGAAAAUUUGUAAUGCAUUUUUUAUACGAGUGCGAUACUUUUGCAGUUCAUACACAUUCAACUACGACAACUUCAUCGCCCAGAACCCCGACGCCUUGCAGUGCCACCGGACCCUGCCGGCGUUCUACACGUAUGAAGUGCAAAAGUAUGGCAUCGUACUCGUAUAAAUGCAUUACAAGUUUCCUCAGCGUGAGAAAUAAAAUUUGUAAUGCUGAUGCAUCUUAAGAAAAACAUUUGUAAUGCAUGAUUGCAAUACGAGCACGACACUUUAUUUGCACAGGAUAACACGCUUCUGCAAAUCAUGACCCUGGACGGUUGGGUUGAGAGUAUUGAGGAGGUGGUCGCGGCCACGGGCAGCCCGGUUUUGAUGUUGUUCUUCUUCACAACCUACCUUUCGGUGUCCGCUCUUCUGCUCCUCAACAUGGUUACCGCCGUGGUCUUAUGAACUGCAAAAGCAUCGUACUCGUAUAAAUGCAUUACAAAUCUCCUCAGCUUGAGAAAUAAAUUUUGUAAUGCGGGUUUACCUGAUGAAAAGGAUUUGUAACGCAAGACUUGCAUUUAUACGAGUAGUACGAUACUUUUGCACAGGAUAGGUCUUCAAGUCAGCAGAGGCGAGGACCGACAAGGAACAUAUCGCAAGAAAAAAGUGUUACAGUUACACAUUGCGUUGCAGGCCAAGCAAGACAGACAAGUUCUGUCAUGCGGGAUAUGCCUAGGAGCCCCGUUCAAUAGGUGUUUUAUCGUGGGAUUUCUGCAUUACUUUCAUGCAGAGAAAUUUGUGUUGCUGAAUUCACUACAAGUGUGUAACUGUAACACUUUUUUCGUGGGAUAGAACAGAACUCGUUUCUGAUAAAGAUGGUGAAGCUGAAAACCAGGUUUGACCUUCUCCUAGGGAAGAUCGAACAUUCAAACCUGGGUGGCGUAUGAACUGCAAAAGUAUCGUACUCGUAUAAAUGCAUUACAAAUUUCCCAAGCAUGAGAAAGAAAAUUUGUAAUGCGGGUUUACCUUAAAAAAAAGACUUGUAACGCAUGACUGCAAUACGAGUGCGAUACUUUUGCGCAGGAUAUGGCGGUCGCGACAGCAACAAUACGAUAAACAGUGCGGCAGAUGAGUGGGUGAACAACUACCGGGAUGAAGACGAAGACUCGGAUGAGCCAAUAAACGGGAACUAUGGAAACAACUUCACCACUUCAUCGGGUCGUGGUGGAUCAUCUUCGCAGCUGUAUGCAUUGCAAAAGUAUCGUACUAGUGUAAAUUGCAUAUACAAAUUGACUUAGCAAUUAAUUUGUAAUGCGGAUUUUCCUUCGGAAAAAGAUUUGUAAUGCAUAAACUCAAUUAGUACGAGUGCGAUACUUUUGCACAGGAUGAGCUGGUGAAAAAAGCAAAUUUCUGGGACCUCAUUGCCUCCAUCUCGAUCGUUUACGAGGCAUUGGGUUACCUGGGUAUCCUAGACGAGGACGACGCACUGGAGCUAGUGUGGCUAUCAAGUGCAAAAGUGUCUGGGUCUGGACGAGGGUUAGAACUUGUCAUGCUAAAUCUGAACGAUGCAAAAAUCUGUGUUGCGUGAGUGCCAAGAGCUGUCCGCUUUUGACCAAGUUGAGAGGGAGUUUCUCAUGCAGGAAAGGCAUAAAAGAGACCUCAAAAAAUCUGUUAUGCUGGGUCUCGCAUUCCAGACCUCAUGGGUCAUGGAAAACCUGCAUCACAAAUCUUGCAUUCUUCCAGACCCAGACAUUUUUACAUUUGAUAGUGGCCGAUCUUGCACAAACUCAAGGAAGAAGUAGAAAACGAAGACGAGGAGGAGGACGAGUGGGACAGUUACAAGGUGUUCGGUGUCGGCGAAUCGAAAGACGACCGGAAGUGGGGUGUAGAGAAGAAUUACUUUCUCAGGUACUACUAGAGGAAAAAAUGGAAAUCGAAAUUCGUCGUAGACAAUGAAAUCUCGAUGGAAUAAACGUAGUUGUUUGUGCUUUUGAAAAUCAAUAUCAAACUCUGUACAACGAAAACACAAACAGGCUCUGUGUGGUGCUGGAAAAAGUCGGGGAAGACCCGACGAUGGUUGCGUUAGUCCAAUCUGGGGAGGAUGUUGCUUAUGGACAGUGAACAAUCUACUGACGUCCACGACGUACCUGUAAACGUCGUGAUGUUCGUGGUCAUGAUGUAAAAAUGAGGCUCUUCUUCUUGCAGUAUCUGUAUCUUCCCUUAUUCCGCACUGCAAACUCUACUCUUUGCAUUUUAUCUGUCAUGCUCCUGCAGGUUGUCAUGCAUUUUGUAUAUGUCUCCGUGUUUUCAUGCAUUUGUAUGUUCUGAUGCUGCUUUCACUUUACCUGCAGAAUGUUUCUAGUCUCAUGCAGCACUAGUAUUACAUUGCGCUUAUGUAUACAAGCCUGGGCUGAUCACAAUCAUAAAAAACUUUUUUGAAACAUUCGAACACGAAUAUGAACGUGACUGCUUGACUUGUACAUAAAUAAAUCCGAAGAGCAAAUGGAUGUUUAACACAAACAUCUUGACAUGCUGAGUUUCCUCUCGAUCUCGCCUUCGUAUGAGAUGGCAUGAGGGAACUCUUUCGAAUUUGUUUUGCUUUUCGAUUUUGUUUUGCUUUUUGUUUUAGUUGGAUUGUGUGUCCAUACCAGGCACCUAUCCUGCCUUGCUCGUGCGCAUACGUACGUAGAUCUCUGGCACUUGUGCCUCGAGGUUUAGGGUCGGAACGUUCUCAGCACUGCUGAAGCUUUAGAACCAGAAGGGCGGGCCCGCCUAGACGGAUCAGAGCAAUAGGCUUUACUAGCGCUUUUUAUGUAGUAGUCUUACUUUGCCUUCCUUUUGCUUGCUUUUCUCCUCCUGGGCCCUACUGGCACCAAGCAGUGUUUUUUUUGGGUGGGUUGUAUUAUGGGAUUUAUUAUAUUUUAUUUUCAAAAAAAUGCUUAUACUUCUUUUUCAAAAAUGUUGCUUCUACGCCUUUCUCCGCAUUCCGCCAUGUGCGCCUUCUUCUUCCCUUCCUCCGCGACCUCCGCUACACGUCCCGGUUCCGCAGCCUACGCAGCUCGUCCCUGUGCCGAGGCCUACGCGGCAAGGGUUUCAGGGUUCUAGGGUCGUUUAGGGUUCUUAGUUUGACCUUAUUCCGCACUGCAAACUCUACUCGCGGUGGUGGCAGCUGGACCUGGCGCAGUUCUUGUGCCUCUGGCACGUCGUGUAGUCGACGUUCGGUAGAUUUGUAUAACUGUAUAGUCGAAGCAAACAGUACUUUCUCCGCCUGGCGUUGAAACUUGUGGAUCCAACCUUGCCACUCUGCGACGAGAACAGUUUCAGCUCUGCGUCUGGUGAAAGUAGUUCUUCAACGGCUGAUCGCAGAACUACUACUGCACCGAAUGGACAGACGGAAAGAACAUCAACGUCCCCUUUGUUGAUAAAGACAACGCCCACUCCUACUACACCCGGCACUCCCGCGCCGAACUCGAUUUUGGCUUCGGCGAAAAAGAGGAGCGCUGAGGACAGGACGACCCGAGCAACUACUUCUACGCCGAACAGCUCUUGUGGUGCGCCAGAUGUAAGAACUAGUACCCCAGCUGCAUUGCGAAACGGCGAACAAUACGACCGGGACAGCUGUAUUACGAGUACGAAAAACGACAAAACUUUUUGCGUCCGGUCCAAAUACGCGGUGAAGGUAAAUUUCGAACUCCCAGAUGAACAGAGCGGGAGCCCGAAGGAGGAAGUGUUUGCUCAGGAAGAUCAUGAUGGUGAUCAAAGACUACAAACCGAAGGGGAUGGUGAUGUUGGCAGUUGUCGUACUAGCAACACCUCCCGCCGGGAUGGGGACAUUAAUCCAACGACCACGGAAGUAGAAGUAGCAGUAGAUGCUGCGCAACGAGAUCAUCAUGAACUACAAGCGGAUGAAUUGUUGGAGCGCAGUCUUUGCUCGCUGCACCUGCCGAGUGAGGAGGAGAGGAGGAACAAGCGAACGGGCGGGAUGUUGAACAGUGGCGCGGCGGAACAAGCGAAUCAAAUAACCGUCGCUGGAAUAAAGAGCGCAAACGUAGCUGGAGGAGAAGAACCAACCCACGACAUGCCAACAACUCCAACGACCUUGCUGCAAGAAUUGCAAGACGACCACGAUGAGGAUCUGUUACUGAAACUUGCACAAAAUAAUAAUGACCUCGCAACUACCACGGCGGACCAAACGCAGCAAAUGCAAACAAAAACAUCUUCUUCCUCGUCAUCUUCUCCAUCCGGAGCUUCGUCCACCAAGAACUCACCUUCCGUGACGCUCCAGCAGCCGCCGCGGCCCCCCGAGUAGGUGGCGUUACUAGGGGUGGUAGAAGUUGAGGAUAAAAUUCUACUGAUAUUCCAGUCUAAUACGUAGCACACCAAGUUGAAUUUAUUUCGUGCAUUUCAUAGACCAAGAGCGUUUCAAAGUGUGUCGCUACGCCGCUAUCCCAUGUACAGUUUAAGAUUUUUCGUGUAGAAUACCAAUGUCCAGUCCAGAUCUUUUACCCAUUAACGAAGAAAGUCGGAUGAACAAUGUCAAUAUGCUGUAUAAAGUUAGAGAAGAUACAUCACAAAAGACUUUUCCCAUUUUCAGCAACGUAGGUAUAGGUAAGAAAAAUUUUCACUUUUAGCCCCAUCCACCUGUAGUUUCAUACUGUUUCAGCACUUUAGCUCGCCUAUAAUUUUUCGCGAAGACAAUUUAAAUUUUACCUGAUAGAUUUUCUUUUUUUUUUGGAAGCACAGUAGCCGCUACGUUUGAGCUCUUAACGCGUUUGUUCGGAGAAUGAACGUGGACGAGAUGAAAACGCACUGAAUACAGUACCAAGUAUGAGCCGAGCCUUGUCGACGCAACUGCGUAGUGGUCGGCAUUGGUAGUAGUUUAGGUUUUUCAGCAUAUUAUACAUGUUUCUUUGACAUAUACUUGGAAUUUUUUUAGCCCUGCUCUCAAACUUUUUCUGCCGUUGUCCGGUGCUUCUUUGUACCUUGUCUCCAGUGAGCGCAAGAUCAUGGCUUGACGCAGUAUGGGAGUGUCAGAAUUGAAAUCGUCAAAGUUGAAAUAACUUGUAAUGCAUAAAGUCGAUACCAGCCGGAAGCCCAAUUUCCAAGCGGCGCAUGACAAAUUUUCCGAGUAACGGAAUCCAAUUUGUCAUGCAGUUUGGGCACAGACGACUGCUUUUGUCGUGCUACUUUAGCAGCUCUAUUUCAAACCCUAAACAGGCUGACAGUCGGCCUCACUUGCCAUCCCGGCAAGACAGGCACUUCAUGCCUUGCAUUUUAUGCAUGACAAAUCAUUUCAACUUUGUUGAUUUCAAACCUGACGCUCCCAUA